UUCUCUAGUUCUCAUACUCGCAAGGUGGUCUCUAGCGGUGCUUGGAACAGCACGCUCUCUCUGGAUUUGUAUCACUGGAAUUACCACUAUGGUUAUAAUACUGAAAUUCCCGAUUUCCGCCAAAUUUAUUUACUAAAGACAAUUAAGGUCCUUGGAAAUGGCGAUGUUUAGGAACGAAUCCGUUGAAGAGUUUUACCAAAUUGGAGAAGAUAUUGGCAGUGGCCAGUUCUCGGAGGUCAAGAGGGUGACCGAGAAGAGCACGGGGAAGGACUACGCCGGGAAGUUCAUCCGGAAGAGGCGGUCGGCUGCCAGCAGGAGAGGGGUCAAGCGAGAGGAUAUCGUUCGGGAGGUCAGCAUCCUUGAGGAGCUGUCACAUGAUAACAUCAUCUCACUGCAUGAUGCCUUUGAGACACAGAAAGAGGUGGUCCUCAUCCUUGAACUAGUAACUGGAGGAGAACUCUUCCAUUAUUUAGCAGAGGAGGACCAUGUCAAUGAGGAGGUAGCGGCUCAGUUUGUCAAGAAGAUCCUGGAAGCUCUUAAACAUAUGCACGAAAGGAAUAUAUGCCACCUUGAUCUUAAGCCUGAGAAUGUGAUGCUGCUGAACCGGAACACCCAGAACAUCAUGCUCAUAGACUUUGGGCUUUCAAGGAGGAUACAACCGGGAGAAGAUAUAAGAGAUAUCAUGGGUACAGCAGAAUUUGUAGCACCCGAGAUCAUCAACUUUGAGCCAUUGAGUCUGAACACGGAUAUGUGGGCUAUUGGAGUGAUCACGUAUAUAUUACUUAGUGGAUUGUCACCGUUCCUCGGGGACGACCAACAAGAGACAUACGAGAAUGUGACAGCCAUCAAUUAUUCCUUUGACGAGGAUUACUUUUCUUCCACCAGCGAGCUUGCCAAAGAUUUCAUCGAUCGUCUGCUCAUCAAAGACCCAAGAAAACGUGCAACUGUUGACCAGUGCCUAUCGCAUCCAUGGAUUAUGCCUCGGAGCACGAAGCAGAAGGUCCAGCGACAGACCUCACACCUCAACAUGGAGAACCUGAGGAAAUUCAAUGCAAAGAAGAGAUGGAAGCAAUCAAUGAAAGUGGUAUCGAUAUGCAAUAAACUCUCCAAGAAUGCCAGGCUAAGAAGUGCCAGCACAGCAGUGGAUGUUAAUGGGGCUUCCAUGGCACUAACACCUUUUGAUGAAGCACCGGUGUCAACUGAUGAUGAAUAUGAUAGCACUGGGAUUGUAGAUAGUAUUGUAGAGGAAGUGGAGGAGGAAGAUGAAGAUGAAGAGGAGGUGGGGAUAGAAGGGAAACCCACCAAAAUAGAAAGUGUAGAACGAAGUGUUAGUUCUGUAGAGAACGCCUUGCACUCUGAGAGCACCCAACUAACACCAGAGGCACAGGUAGUGUCAAUCAGUAAUAACACUGCACUCAAGCCUAACACCAUGAAUGUUACUGUUCCAUCUCGUGUGUUGACUAACGAUAGCAAUAACAAUAACAGCAAUAAUGACUUGUCUAACUAUGCACGUAGCCGUAAGACCGAUAAAAGUAUGAAUGAUGGGAAGGGUGAAUGUAAGAUAUCGGAGCCUUUAGAGCAAAAACAAGAUAAAGAGAUAGUUGGGAAGAUGUCUGAGUUACAACCCAACACACAGGCACUGAGUGAAGAUGAGAUAUUGAUGAUUGUGGUAGGAGUUGUUGUAGUAUUUGGAUGUUUCUUGGUAGUUCAUGCCUAGAUUCCUUGUUAAAAGGUGAAGGCCAUUAGAUUUGAUUGUUGAUAACAAUUGCAGAUUAUUUUUUUUCUUAAUUUUUUUUAUAUUUGAUAUAUCAUCAAUAAACAUGUACAUAACUGUUGAAAGUUGUGUAAGGCACAAGUCUGAGUUUUCUAAUGGGGAAAAAAGUCUUCACAAUGUUUAGAUUGGGUUCCUAUUGAAUUAUUAUGACUGUCAUAAUCUAUUUUUAUUAUUUUGCUGACUAAAAAAAACAUUAUUUUUAUUGAAAAGUUAGAUUUCAUUAAUAACAACAUGGAGCUAUGCUUUAUAGCAUUCAAUAUCUUAUAAAUGAAAAGUUGAAUAGAGCCCUCUGUUGUUCAUUAUAAAACUCAUGUUUUUUCUAUGUGCAGAUUAUAUUUUACCUGGCUCUUCAGUACCAUGAUCAAUUGAUAGAUUCAAGGAGGGGAAAUAAUUCUCAAGAAUCUAAUAAUUAUAUGUUAUGAA